AUGCCACAAAGUCAGUCCAUCCAGGACACGGUCAGGCACUUCAGCCAGCAGCCAUGGUGCGCCGAGCUGUUUGCCCGGCCCGGCAACCGCUGCACCAUGCCCAGCUCCCGCUAUGACCGCGAAAACGACACCACCGGCCGCCUCCUCUCGCAGGACAACCUGUUCCACCGCGCGCUCAACAACGACGACGGCGUGCCCCAUAUGCUCGUCGUCUACCAGGAAUACGGCGCCCCGGGUGUGCCUCUGCCGCCCGCGCCGCCCGGCGAUGCGAGCCUCGGCACCGGCCAGGGCCUGCGGUUCCUCAUCCCGUCGGUGUCGCUGCUGCUGGAUUUGCGCGACAACGUGCGGGGGUUCAACGGGUACACGCACGGCGGGUUCUUGGGCACCAUCAUCGACGAGGUCAUGGGCGCGCUCAUCUACACCAACUACGAGGUGCAGGCGACCAAGGAGGACGAGGCCGAGGACGCGGGCACGGCGUGGCAGCCCGCGCCCAAGGUGGUGGACAUGAGCACGUGCGGGCUGGUCAUGACGGCGGGCAUGGACGUCAAGUUCCGCAAACCCGUGGCCACGCCCGGCGUGGUCAUUUCCACGGCUACACUCAACCGUAUCGACGGCCGCAAAAUAUACUUUGACGUGGAGAUCCUCGACGGCACGGGCGCCGUGUGUACGACGUGCGAGGGCCUCUGGAUCAGCAUGACGCCUCUGCGGGAAGCAGUGGCCGAGGAGAGCACGUCGAGCAAGCUGUAA